CUUUGGUGCAUGCUUUCAAGAUGGCGGCUAAACAAGUUGCAGAGACUGCGGGGAAAGCGGUGUUUAAACCGCUUCUCUCAACAAGCCACGUAGAAGCAAGGCGAAGAGUUUUGAACCUUUAUCGAGCUUGGUGGAGAGAGGUUCCACAUGCCAUAGAGGUAUUUGCUCUGGAAAUCACUACCAAAACUGGUCGUGCAAAGGUGCGAGAGGAAUUUAUGAAAAAUGCUCAUGUCCGAGACAUCAGGGUGAUUGAUAUGUUGGUCAUCAAGGGUAAAAUGGAGCUUGAAGAAACACAUAAUUUGUGGAAGCAGCCAACACAUGUCAUGCGAUACUUUAAGGAAACUGAAAAACCCAGGAAAACAGAGUUUCUGGCAAAAUUCUAUGAUGGAUAUGACUAAUAUUGAUUUCUGUGUUGGAUGUUUAAAAGGAACAAAGAUUUCCUUCUUAAAAUUGGAAUGAUCAGUUCUAUUUUGAGUGAAUUUCUGUGUUUUUUGUCUCUGGUCUGUGAGGAUGUUUUUAACCCAGAAACAAGCUGUCAAGUAAAUGUAAAUAAGAUCUGUUUAUCAUUACACUAGAAUGAAAUCUUUUCUCUGACUUGUUAUUGAA